GCGCAGCUAGCCGCGCCAGAGCGCACACAGGGCAGCAGCCUGGCACGCAAGAUGCGCUGGGAGCCCGCCCGGCUGGAAGGAUGAGCUUGUCCUUCAGCUGCCUCCUCUCCUUAGGCCACCUGAUCCUCAUCGCCGCGGCUCAGCAGGAGCGACUGGCCCCCGGAGCGCAACUCCGACCGGCUGCCGGCAACACCUCCUCCGUUCCAUCACCUGCCGCCUUCUCGGCAGCCCAAGGGAGCGGGCCGGAGAGAAGCAGCGUCCAGUGGAGCCCAUCGGGGCGCAGGACGGGCAGCCUCUAUUGCCGGGUGGGCAUUGGCUUCCAUCUGCAGAUCCACCCGGAUGGCAAAGUCAACGGCUCCCAUGAAGCCAACCUCUUAAGUAUUUUGGAAAUAUUUGCUGUGUCUCAGGGGAUUGUAGGAAUACGAGGAGUUUUCAGCAACAAAUUUUUAGCGAUGUCAAAAAAAGGAAAACUCCAUUCAAGUGCCAAAUUCACAGAAGACUGCAAGUUCAGGGAGAGGUUUCAAGAAAACAGCUAUAACACAUAUGCCUCAGCAGUUUACAGGACUGAAAAGACUGGGAGAGAAUGGUACGUAGCUUUGAACAAGAGGGGCAAAGCCAAAAGAGGCUGUAGUCCCCGGGUGAAACCCCAGCACAUCUCCACCCAUUUCCUUCCAAGGUUCAAACAGGCUGAGCAGCCAGAACUGUCUUUCACCGUCACUGUCCCCGAAAAGAAAAAGUCACCUGCCUCCACCCCAGCAAAACCAAAGGUUUCAUUGUCUGUGCCUCGGAAGAACCCCAACACUGUUAAAUACAGACUGAAGUUUCGCUUUGGAUAGCUGUUAAACUGAUUGCGACAGAGGAACACUUUUCUCAGGAGCUGCUGCUGCGUGUGUGUGAGCCCUUGGCUUACAAUGGAAGACAGAGCCUCUACUGCACUUAGCCGCAUUAGGAGGUCAAACAGGGAGAUACUCAUUUGUUUCAGUUUGACCCCAGUCAAAUUGCUUUUUGAUGGUCAAGAGUGUUAACUGAACUGGAAUUCUUCAUCUAGCCCCAGGGAGGAAAGCAAUGGUUCAGUUCAAAUGAACAUAAAGGCUUUUGUUUUUUGCCUUAAAUGUAUUCUCAUUUUCCUACUCUCCAAAGCAUUGAGAUUAUACUGUACAUUUUGAGACAAGUAUGAUGGAUCCGUUACAUUUUUGCUUUCCAAAGAAUACACUUUUGUGUCAAUACAAUAUUUUAUGACUUUUUAUUUUGGGUUGUCGGAAGCAACAAAAAGGUACCUCGACAUUGAACAUAUUUUCUUACUUUCACUGUUUUAACUAAUGACACUUUUUACAAUCAUUUUCAUAUGAGACAUUUGUUCAGCGUCAACAUAUAAUUUAUAACCAUUUUUCCUCUGCAUUUCCUCUUUUUGCUGCUCUUUUUACUUCUUACUGUACCUCAAACUUGUAUAUCCAAGUCUGCCUUUUUUUAAAAGUUUGAUUCCCCUCCUCUUAGAACUCAACGCUUUAAGAAAAACUGUGCAUUGUAAUUUAUGUCAUGAUUUUUUUGGUUUUGGAAGGAUUUUAUUUUAUUUAAGACUGCGGAUGUGUUUCAAGUUUAUGGAGGGGAAUGCUACAUUUGUUGACCCUGAUUCCAGUCCCCCCCCCUCCUACUCUUUCUUGAACAGCUGGAAGAAUAAGUCUUAUUCUGUCCAUCAAACUAUCAUUUCGAAGUCUGUGUUUAAAAAACCUCUCU